CGAGAAAGGCACUGUUGACGUCAUAUGUCUGUGACGUCACAACAAUAAGUAUAGCCGAAGCAACGCAUCGGGAAAGGUAUCAAAUAGCAAUGGAUACAUGCUAUUCUCAGACUCAAUAAACAACAUCAUAAGUUGUGCUGAAAAAUCAAGUUCCAGAAAACAAACAAAUCAAAGCACUAUGCGCCACUCUUUCAACCCAAUCACCCAGACUGUGAUCCAACUCCACAGCAACCAAUGUGCUCCGUCCCUCAACCACUGGUGCAGGAACACCAUCCUACAGUCCGUCACCCUCAAGCGAGUCGAUCAGAUGCUGACACUGCCUGUGCCAAGUAAAAUUGCCAGCAACAUCAGUAAGAUCGGACUGAGUGAUUUCCUGAUUGACCCGGCCAGCCUGAAUGGUUCCAACCACCUGAACAGAACAUACCCUGCUACAUGUCUGUUUGAUAACAGUAAAGUCAUCCUCAAGAUUCAGCCGUCAGGAUCUCAGAUAAACACCAGCCAUCCAAGUUUCCUUGCCUCAUUUGAAGAAGGGGAAUACCAGUGUUGCAUCUACCAGAAAACGGAAACUCUGCAAGACAUCAUAGAGGCCUGCAAGCAAAACGGCACUCGCAUCAGUGACGAAGUGGCAUGGAAGGUUGUGUGUGAGUUCUGUCGCUGGGUCCUCGUCAAUGCUUCAGGAUUCUCUGGCAAGCUAAGCACAGCCGUCAUCAAUUUCACAAGUGAUGGCAGGAUCUUUUUCGACCUAACUGAAAGCCAGCCUGAUGAACAGGAUAUCACUGCCCUCAACAUGGGCACACCAUUACCAGUCUAUGAAGCCCCUGAGAUUCUCACACGGAACAAUCCUGACGAACAAGCAUUUGUCUGGUCUCUUGGCUGCGUCGUUUACGAAAUGCUUGCCCUUGAGCCAGCCUACUUUGAUUCUGAUGGCACCAACCCAUUUGCUGUGUACAUGAAGAUCAUCCAGGGGGAACUACCCCCCGACAAUCUGAUGGGGGGACAGGCUCUCAUGGACCUGGUGUGGACGUGCCUUGUGGUUGAUCCAUCCAGCAGGCCCACCAUCAGGGAUAUUCUCAACAGGGCCGAGUCACGAGUAGGAUAAUGUUAUCAUCAGCUACGGAGGUCGUCAAUAUGGAUACUGAACUACGCUACUCAAACUCGAUUUACGAUUUCUAACUAUGUAUACUACAGUAUACAUAGACAGGUUCUGCAUGUUAAAUCAUAUAAGUUUUUGAUAAUUGUUAUUGUUUAGUCUUUUUUUAUCAACAUUUACAUUGAGAUCAAUUUUAUCAUGAUCAUGCUUUUUCAAAUUAUACUCAUGGAAACAAAUAAAGGAACACAUGAAAGUACAAGUGUUCCUUUAUUCAUUCCCAG